CUCCCAGGCUGGAUUGCAGUGGUGGGAUCUAGGCUCACUGCAGCCUCUAUCUCUCUGGUUCAAGCAAUUGUCCUGCCUCAGCCCCCCGAGUAACUGGGAUUACAAGCACAUGCCACCACACCCAGCUAAAUUUUGUAUUUUUAGUAGAGACGAGGUUUCGCCAUGUUGGCCAGGCUGGUCUCAAACUCCUGACCUCAAGGGAUCCGCCUCCUUGGGCUCCCAAAGUGCUGGGAUUACAGGCAUGAGCCACUGUGCGUGACCAAAGGAGAAAUGAUUGGUUUUUCUCACUUUAAAGGGUCAAGUAUAGAUGAUGUUCAUAUGACACGAGGAUGUCUGCAGAUUGUUUUAUGGGCAAAUUUUAGGGUAAAGGCUUAUUAUGGUUCGACUGUUUUGGAGCAAGUUUCUGGGUAAAGCUUUAUUAUCAUGGUUCAGUUGAAGGUUGCUAUUUCAUAAUUAAUCUCUUUGUUCGUUGUCACCCAUCCGCAUUACUGACCCAGAUAGUAACGUAGGGAAAGAUAGAAAGGGAUCAUAUAGCCAGGGAAGUUGUUGGUGUUGGAACUCCCAGGCCCCAGCCUGGAGGAUCUGAUUUAGGAGGAGCCUCUUCCCCAUUCUCAGUGAAUUGUUACGUUCCAGCUAGAGUUGAAAAUCCUGGUCCUGCCUUACUGGGUGCUGUGGCUGGUCUGCAUCUUCUUGGAGCCCAGGAUUGGUGAUCAUGUUGCCUAAAUCCUAAACCAGGCCUUUGUGGUCACCUUAAAAGGAUCCCUUGCCCCAGGUGACAAUGUGCUGCCCUGCCACCAGAAGUUGCUGCCUCACCCUGCGUCCCAGAAGUCACGGCAAUUUCCCCAGCAGGAGGAGAGAGCUGUGCAUUCUGUGUGCAGCACACUGCCUGGGAGCACGCAGCCCUGCUUGCCCCGCCUUGCGGGGUGAGGGUUCUAUUUAAGGUGGUCUUGUGCGCCUAGAUGUCCCAGGCACUCACCACGGGGCCUCUGAGGUCUGCUUGGAUUCCAGAGGUGUGCAGAGGACCUAGGGUCCAGGUUCCCCUCCCCCACAGGGGUGGGGCAUUUUAACCCCUGAGUGGAUGCUGAUAGAAGUGCUCAACUUCAGAUAUUUCUGCCCCCUCCUCUUCCUUCCUGGCACCACAUUCCUCACGCACCCUCUCCCUGAUAUUCUGUCCCAUCCUGGGACUAAACAUGUGCUGUGUCUUUAAAUGGGCGGAAGUGGCUGGCAGUGCUUUGCUUGGGUACUGCAUUGAUUAGGAGAUUAUAUGGAGCUGCGGGAGCUGCCGCCUGGGGGAAGAGAGGUGCAGCUUCUGCUAGGUUUGUGCUCUCCUCCCAGGCUCUCCUUGGCUUCCUUCCCCAAAGCAGCUCAGAGCUGGUAUGAGGUGAGGGUGGGGGGCAGCCGGCCAGCCUGGCUGUUGACGGCAACUCCAGGGCUUGUUUCGCGCAGCCUUGCCAGCAUUACCCAUCCUCAUCAGAAACUGGCAGCGGCAGCCACAGCUCGGGCAGGCGGCUCCAGCCCCAGGCUGGAUUUGCAGAAUCUGUCCUUUGCCUCCAAGCCCAGCUUUCAGCUGGGAGAGGGGGAAGAAGGGGCAGUGGCAGCAGUUCUUCUGGCUCUUUCUCCCUUUCUCUCUUUCUCUUUCUGUGUUCAAGUCACAUUACAUGGGAUUCUGUUCUUUUGGGACUUCGUCAUCUUUUCCAAUAUGUCCUGGGACCUCCGGAGCUGUAACGGGGAUGCUAAGGACACGGUCAGUGGAUUAUCGUGACUGUACUAAUGAAAGGAUUCAAGCUCUCCUGCACUGCCAGUAACUCCAACCGCAGCACGCCGGCCUGCUCGCCCAUCCUCCGGAAGCGGUCUCGCUCGCCAACCCCGCAGAACCAGGACGGAGACACCAUGGUGGAGAAGGGCUCAGAUCACUCCUCGGACAAGUCCCCGUCCACACCGGAGCAGGGCGUGCAGCGCAGCUGCUCCUCCCAGUCCGGCCGGAGCGGCGGCAAGAAUUCCAAGAAAAGCCAGAGUUGGUAUAAUGUGUUAAGCCCCACCUACAAGCAGAGAAAUGAAGACUUCAGAAAGCUCUUUAAGCAGCUUCCAGACACGGAGCGCCUCAUUGUUGAUUACUCAUGUGCACUCCAAAGAGACAUUCUCCUUCAGGGCCGACUCUACCUCUCUGAAAAUUGGAUCUGCUUCUACAGCAACAUCUUCCGCUGGGAAACUCUGCUGACAGUCCGUUUGAAAGACAUCUGUUCCAUGACUAAAGAAAAAACAGCUCGCCUCAUUCCCAAUGCCAUCCAAGUUUGCACUGAUUCAGAAAAGCACUUCUUCACUUCGUUUGGGGCCCGGGAUAGGACAUAUAUGAUGAUGUUCCGGCUCUGGCAGAAUGCUCUCCUUGAAAAGCCUCUGUGUCCCAAGGAGCUCUGGCACUUUGUUCACCAGUGCUAUGGGAACGAAUUGGGCCUGACCAGUGAUGACGAGGACUACGUGCCCCCUGACGACGACUUCAACACAAUGGGAUACUGUGAAGAGAUCCCUGUGGAAGAGAAUGAAGUGAAUGACAGCUCAUCCAAGAGCAGCAUAGAGACCAAGCCAGAUGCCAGUCCACAGCUGCCCAAGAAAUCCAUCACCAACAGCACACUAACAUCCACAGGGAGCAGUGAGGCCCCCGUCUCGUUUGAUGGGCUGCCCCUGGAGGAGGAGGCGCUGGAGGGAGACGGGUCCCUGGAGAAGGAGCUCGCCAUUGACAACAUCAUGAGGGAGAAGAUUGAGAUGAUCGCUCCUGUGAACUCCCCUUCACUGGACUUCAAUGACAAUGAGGACAUCCCCACUGAGCUCAGUGACUCUUCCGACACACACGAUGAAGGAGAGGUCCAGGCCUUCUAUGAGGACCUGAGUGGCCGGCAGUACGUGAAUGAAGUCUUCAACUUCAGCGUGGACAAGCUCUAUGACCUCCUCUUCACCAACUCGCCCUUCCAGCGGGAUUUCAUGGAGCAGCGGCGCUUCUCUGAUAUCAUCUUCCAUCCAUGGAAAAAGGAGGAGAAUGGAAACCAGAGCCGAGUGAUUCUUUACACCAUCACCCUUACCAACCCUCUGGCUCCCAAAACUGCCACUGUCAGGGAGACACAGACCAUGUACAAGGCGAGCCAGGAGAGUGAAUGUUACGUGAUAGAUGCCGAAGUCCUCACCCACGACGUGCCCUACCAUGACUACUUCUACACAAUCAAUCGCUACACGCUCACCCGUGUGGCUCGGAACAAGAGCCGACUCAGGGUCUCCACAGAGCUGCGCUAUCGAAAACAGCCCUGGGGGUUAGUGAAAACAUUCAUCGAGAAGAACUUCUGGAGUGGGCUGGAGGACUACUUCCGCCAUUUAGAGAGCGAGCUGGCCAAAACGGAGAGCACUUAUUUGGCUGAGAUGCACAGACAAUCUCCCAAAGAGAAGGCCAGCAAGACUACAACGGUGCGGAGGAGGAAGCGUCCCCAUGCCCACCUGCGAGUCCCUCACCUGGAAGAGGUGAUGAGCCCGGUCACCACGCCCACAGAUGAGGAUGUGGGCCACAGGAUCAAACAUGUGGCAGGUUCCACGCAGACGCGGCAUAUCCCCGAGGACACGCCCAACGGUUUCCACCUGCAGAGCGUGUCCAAGCUGCUGCUGGUUAUCAGCUGUGUUCUGGUGCUGCUGGUCAUCCUUAACAUGAUGCUCUUCUACAAACUCUGGAUGUUGGAAUACACCACGCAGACCCUCACUGCCUGGCAGGGUCUAAGGCUCCAAGAAAGGUUACCCCAGUCUCAGACAGAAUGGGCCCAGCUCUUAGAGUCCCAACAAAAGUACCAUGAUACUGAGCUCCAAAAAUGGAGGGAAAUCAUCAAAUCCUCAGUGAUGCUCCUUGACCAGGUGAGAUGCCCCACCUUCUCUGCUUGCCCUGGUCUUUGGGAGCGGGGACUCCUUCCCUUAUGCUGUGAGAAAGAUCCUCGUCUCUAUCACCACCCUCCAGACUUCUCCCUCCAAUUCAUUCUUCCUCCAGGCCAUGCAUUGUUCUAAAUGGAAAGCCUUCCUUGAGUGGGCUGCUAGAAAUGCAGGUGUAUUCUAAAAAAUAAGAACAAUAAAAUGACCCACUGAAUUUGCACCAGGAAAGCUGUAGUUUAGGUGGAAGGAGAACUCUUUUUAUUUUUAUUUUUGGUAACCCAUAACCAUCUGACAGGCAUUUAAACAGAGAACCCCCUCAGCCCUUUUACAGAGAUUUGUCUUCCCAGAGGGCAUGUCUUUGAGUUUUUUCAAAUGUUUACCGCCCCCUCCUCUGACAGUCAGUGGCACUGCACUGAUAGUCUGGGAAGAUGGCUGUACUUUGUCUUCUUUUCAUAGCAUCAUCUUUGUCGUACAGUUUGCCUGUAUUCCCCCCCGCAAAACUAGAUCAACUAUUUAGGCAAAUCAUCCUGAGGCAAAAUCAAUAAUUAGCCUAGUUUCCUUGGGGGCGGGAGCUUCCUGCUUCCCCAGAAUAGUUUAGUAUCAUAAAAUAUGCCUCCAUGUGGUUGCCUAGAGAGCAGGAAUCUGCCUUUGCUGUGCAAGAGAAUUAGAAAAUAAUAGACUCAGGAUUUAUCCUGCUACAUGACAACUUCUCUCCCUAAAGAGUUGCCUUUCUGAUGUUUUGUGACCAGCCAGAGACGGCAUCCCAGCCUUGCCACUAAUUUUGUGACCGUGAGCAAGGGACCUUGAGCUUCCAUUUCUUCAUUUAUAAAAUAGGAAUUGUAAUCAUAGCUUCAUGGAACUGUCAUCAGGAUUUGAUGCCAUGUGGGCGGUGCUCAUUAAUAUUAAACUUUGUUUCCUUGCAUUGUUUGGUCUUAGCUCUAAGUAAGGAAAAAGAGGCCGGGUGUGCUGGGUCACGCCUAUAAUCCCAGCACUUUGAGAGGCUGAAGAGGGCAGAUCACUUGAGAUCAGGAGUUUGAAACCGGCCUGGCCAACAUGGCGAAACUCUGUCUCUACUCAAAAUACAAAAAUUAGCCGUGUAUGGUGGCGCACACCUGUAAUCCCAGCUACUUGGGAGGCUAAGGCAGGAGAAUUGCUUGAACCUGGGAGGUGGAGGUUUCAGUGAGCUGAGAUAGUGCCACUGCACUCCAGCCUGGGCAACAGAGUGAGACUUCAUCUCAAAAAAAAAAAAAAAAAAAAAAAAGGGAAAAGAAUCUUAAUGCAGCUAUCAAGACCCAGUUGGAUGUGUUUAGCUUUGUCACUACACUUAAGGAGGGCAUUUUUUAUUUUAAACCAAAAGGGGACAAAAAGCUUAGUGAGGAGUUUAGAAGCCCUACCCUUUCAAGAAGUGUUGAUGGAAUUGGAGACAAACCCAGGAGAAGGGAACACGAGGGUGAGGAGAACAGGGUAGCCUUCAGACACCCAGGCCAACACGUGUCAAGGGUUAGACUUACUGGAAAACUCCAGAGCGCUGAACUAGAGCUAGAAGUUUAAGAAAGUAAUUUUUCUUCAUCAUCAAAUGCAAACAACUUGUGGCUAAUGCUGUCCAGCAAUGGAACAGGCUACUGUAGGGAACUGAGAUUCCAACAUUGAAAGUGUUCAUCAUCAUCACUAGAUGAUGAUGGAUAAAGAACUUAUAGAUUAAAUUGGGGCAGUUGGACUAGAUGACCCAGGGGUCUCUUCCAACUCUACAAUUCUAUUUCAGAAUGGGGCCCAUUAACUUGGGGGUUGGGGCUGUCAGAUUUAUAGCCUAGUGGACUCUACCCUACAAGUAUUAAGAGAGUUGUUUUGUUUCAAUCUCUUUAAAAGUAACUUUUAAAAUAACAGAAUGGCCCCCUCCUCUGUCUUGAGCACAAGAUAUAAAUGAACCAGAGAGAAGAAAGUGGUAGAUUAAGCAGAGAGACCAGACUUUCCCUAAAUCCGUAACCAUUUACCCCAGAAAUGUUGUCUUAUGUUGUAAUACAGCAGUUUACCCAGAGACAGUAUGUAAAUAUGUGAAUAUUUAAAUAUAUGAUGGUAUGAUGGGCCAUUUUACAAUUCUCCUGCCAGGUUCCAUUCUAGUCUCCCAUUUAGACUGCAGUCUAUGACCUAAAAAUGUUAAUUUGCUGAUGUGGAUACCUACUAGGAACCCACUCAGUUCUCUGCAUGGUGCCCCUGGGUGCACAAGGGAAGGAUUAGACACAGUUCUAGUCCUAGCAAACAUGAAACCAAGCAACGAAAGUUGACUGCAGUCCAGAGCCUGAGUGUGCUGUGUGAGAGACCAUGAAGGAGAGGGAUGACUGGGAGCUGGAGGAAGCUUGGAUUUGUUCUGAGCCUUAGCAGACGGGUGACACUGGAAUAGGCAAGAGCACAAAGAUUCCUGGGCGGGGAGAACAAUGUGGCUUAAUGUACAAAGACAGGCUUGUGGUAUAUUAAGGAUCAUCAGGGAAACCAGAUGAAACAAGUAGAUCAAGUCAGUGACAGCCUGAGAGGCUCUUGGUAGCAGUUGAACACUUCAAGAGAGUUCUUGAUCUAGCACUGAGACCCAGUAAGCCCUACCCAAGGGCUUCCCCAUGCUAGAUUGUCUUUCUUUCUUUCUUUUUCUUUCUUUCUUUCUUUCCUUUUCUCUUUCUUUCUUUUCUUCUUCCUUCCUUUCUCUCUCUUUCUUUCUUUUCUUUCUUCUUCCUUCCUUCCUUCCUUUCUCUCUUUCUUUCUUCUUUCUUUCCUCUCUCUUUUUUUCUUUUCUUUCUCUCUCCCUCUCCCUUUCCCCCUCUGUCUCUCUCUUUUUUUUAAAGGCAGGGUCUUGCUCUGUUGCCCAGGCUGGAGUGCAGUGGUGCAGUCAUAGUUCACUGCAGUUGCAAACUCCCGGGUUCAAGCCAUCCUCCCACCCCAGCCUCCUGAGUAGUUAGGACUACAGGUGCAUAUCACAAAGCCUGGCUAUAAUUUUUAAAUUUUUUAUAGAGAUGGGGUCUCUCUGUGUUGCCCAGGUUGGUCUGAAACUCCUGGCCUCAAGCGAUCCUCCCACCUCUGCCUCCCAAAGUGCUGGGAUUACAGGUGUGAGUCACCGCACCCAGCCUGACUGUCCCCUUUUUGUUUGAAACACUGUUGAGAACCACCCUUGCUUUAGGUGCCCGACUCUUUUCAGCCCCAUGGCAUGGUUGGAGGCCUGCCCUAGGCGGGUGUGGGGAGAGGGCUGCUCGGUGGAGAAUCCCACUAAAAGCGCAGACCCAGGCCUGGGGUGGGGUUUUCUGUC